UGUCACACGUGUGUUUAUGAAUGUUUAAUGUGUGUUUCUGUUUGUUUGAAGAUCAUACUUCCUCCAGAUUACCCGAGCUCAGCGCCUCCGAUAUAUCAGAUCAACGCUGGCUGGCUCAGAGGAGCGGACAGAACGACUCUGUCCAACAGUUUAGAGGAGCUGUAUGUGGAGAAUACAGGGGAGAGUAUUCUGUACCUGUGGGUGGAGAAAAUAAGAGAAUUCCUCGCAGAAAAAUCACAAAGUGAAGAUGGACCAGAAAUGGGUAAGACUGUGACAACAGAGGAAGAAGCUCAUGACUACGACGAGGACGAUCUUCCAGACUACAGCAUGCUAAAACUCGCCAACCAAUCAGCUCAGCUCCUCUCCAGUGCUUCUGAUGGAUCUACUGUGAGGAUAAAAACUCUUUCCUGCAGGACUGCGAGGACGACGGAGAAACCGCAGCGGGGGGCCGACUGCUCCAUCUCUUGCAGAUCCUGGACGUGCGUAACGUGCUGGUGGUGGUCUCUCGGUGGUACGGCGGGAUCCUGCUGGGCCCCGACCGCUUCAAACACAUCAACAACUGCGCCAGGAACAUCCUCAUUCAGGAGGGUUACACCGACACUUCAGAGGAAACAUCCAAAGCUGGAGGCAAGAAUAAAAGACCUAAGGGCAAGAAGGCAAAAUAAAAAAACCUUCCUGGAACAGAUGAGACCUGGAAUGAAGACAGACUUGCGACUACGAAUGCUGAAGGAUUCUGACAAAUAAAAUAACCUGAAAAUGCUGUAUUAGUGAUUUGUAAAAUCAUUCAGUGUUAUAGUCGGGGUUAAACAACUUGAAAGUCAUACCAAAAAUGGUUUUGUAUGCAGUUGAGUUUAAUGGUCUGUUGCUACACAUUAUGUCACACUAAGUGCUUUGUCUUAUGAAUAAAGAAUUUUAUGAAUUACAAAUUGAUUUGCAAAUGAGGGUUUGAGGCUUGCCUGAAGUCACAAGGACAAACGAGUGCGAAACAGGUAAUAAAUACCCCUGACAUUCAU